AUGGCCUCCAUCUUCCACGCCGCGCCGCCGCAAAGCGGUCCCGGAUACUCUUUCAGACAGACGCCCAUGACGGCAACACAAGCAUCAGGCGAAAGGCAACAUGGUUUCUACCCUUACACCGACAACGGCGGCUCCACGCUCGGCAUCUCGGGUAAGGACUUCACCAUCCUCGCCGGCGACACUCGCAGCACGUCCGGCUACAACAUCAACACGCGCUACCAGCCUAAGCUCUUCAAGAUCGGCGGUGAGGGCCCGGACAAUGAGGGUGCGACCAUCGUGCUAUCGGUGGUGGGCUUCGCUGCCGAUGGCCACGCGCUGAAGGAGCGCCUCGACACCAUCGUGAAGAUGUACAAGUACCAGCACGGCAAGCCCAUGUCGGUGGCCGCCUGCGCCCAGCGCUUGAGCCAUAUCCUGUACGGCAAGCGCUUCUUUCCCUACUACGUGCACGCCAUCCUGGGCGGCCUGGACGACGAGGGUCGCGGCGCCCUGUACAGCUACGAUCCCGUCGGCAGCUACGAGCGCGAGCAGUGUCGUGCUGCCGGCGCCGCCGCCUCGCUCAUCAUGCCUUUCCUCGACAACCAAGUCAACUUCAAGAACCAGUACAUCCCCGGCUCCGGUGUUGGCCAUGCCCUUGAGGAGAAGCCGCGCGAACCGCUCCCUCGCGACCACGUCGAAGAGCUGGUGCACGACGCCUUCAGCAGCGCUGUGGAGAGGCAUAUCGAGGUCGGCGAUGGACUCCAGUUGAUGAUCAUCACGAGAGACGGCAUUCAGGAGGUUCACAGGGAGCUGAAGAAGGAUUAA